CACUCUUCCUCUCUCUUGUCGUAUUCAAUCUUUAUUUCAUCGCGAAACAAUAUCUCGUUCUCUGUAUCUCACACAGAUCUCCUCGAAAAUGGCUCCGAAACAGGUCGUAUCGUCGGACAAAGGCCUCAAGUCCAACCUCUUCUCUCAAGCCACCAUCCACAAUGGAACCGUCUACGUCAGCGGAAACAUUGGCAUCGUUCCCUCUACGAUGAAGGUGGUGGAAGGGUCAGUCGCAGACAGGACGAAACAAGCCCUGGAAAACAUCAAAGUCGUCCUGGAAGAAGCCGGAAGCAGCCUCGAACAGAUCCUCAAGAUGAACAUCUAUCUGACAAAUAUGGAGGAUUAUGCGGCCAUGAACGAGGCCUUCCUCAAGAUCAUUCCGGAUCCGAAGCCAGCACGGACCUGCGUCUGCGUCAAGGAGCUCCCAUUCAAGACAGAUGUUGAGAUUGAAUGCAUCGCAGCAUUGUGAGGGGCAUGUAGUUUGCCGGCAGGGAUGAACUCGCAACACUGACUUUUACUCCAGGGGUGAGACUUCAGCAUCAAAGCUCUAGGUCGCUGCUAAGUAUCUCUGAUUGAAAUCUAACCUUCGGAGAACAGCUUCUUCUUUGUCCAAGCAUGUGUUUGCAGCACCAGACCUUGGGUUGCCGCUCCCCCAUCACCCUUUGGCUCUUGGCUGAAAUCUGCAUUCAAAGAACAGACAUGACAGUGACAAUCCCCAAUAGAUGACAAUGAAAACUUGGAUGAAAACGGUGCUAUUAUCUUCUUCCGCUUCCGGCAUUCAAUGGCGACGCUGCAAGCUUUCCACUCAUCUCUCUGUCAUAUAUUUCCUGCCCAAUCCGUUUGAACUCUUUUGUUCCUGAGUGAUCUGACAUUUGUCCAAACCCGUUGAAAGGUUAU